CCACAUAACACAGUAGCCUGUUAGUGUCACUCAGGGGGAGAAAAAAAAUAUUCAACAGGGGGUCUAGACAGUUGAGCCUAUACUAGCAAGACCUCUGAAAAUAAAGAGAGACACAAAAAGCGAGGGAGAGAGGGAGAGACACAGACACACAGAAAACAAGAGAGGAUGAAGCAGCCCCUGAUCUGUCUAGCGCUAGCACUGUCCCUGCUGGAGGUGUGUCUGUGCGCCCCGCCCAGGGAAAACUACCACCUCACUGGCGAGACAGACUGGGAGAACAUUGACCUCAACAACUAUGGGGACCUGUAUGACUACGAGGACCUGGAGAGCGUGGUGGGAGAGAGAGAGAGAAUUGAAGUUGGGACAGUAGCACCACCUCCCAAAGUCACACCGGCCAGUCAGAACGUGCCACCGCCUGAAACUCCACCUCCAGACCUGGAAGAGGAGGUGCCUCUUCGCCCUCGAUCCACGACCCCACCCCCCAGACUGGACUUUGCCGGACCAGGACUGUUCGGACCACAGACUGGACUGGGCUUGCCAACCUGCCUGCUGUGUGUGUGUCUCAGCACUUCUGUUUACUGCGACGAUGUGGACCUUGAGUACGUUCCUCCGCUGCCCAAAGACACCACCUACUUCUACGCCCGAUUCAAUAAGAUCACGCGAGUCGGUGACAACGACUUUCUCAACCUAAACAAGCUGAAGCGCAUUGACCUGACUGGAAACCACAUCACAGAGCUGGACGAGGAUGCCUUCCUGAAGCUGCCCGCACUGCAGGAGCUCCUGCUUGCAGAGAACAAGAUCCGGUCGCUGCCAGAGCUGCCAGUCACCAUGCGAUACAUCGACGCCCGCAACAACCAGCUCCUCAGCGCAGGCAUCCGUCCGGAGGCCUUCAAGGGUUUGACGCAGUUAGAGUUCUUGUACCUAUCUUAUAACCGGCUUGACUUCAUUCCUAUACCGCUUCCUGAGAGUCUUCGAAGUUUUCAUAUUCAGCACAACAACAUCCAGACGAUGCACAGAGACACGUUCUGCAACCGCCACGACACCACUCACCAGCGGAAGGCGCUGGAGGACAUCCGCCUGGAUGGCAAUCCCAUCAACCUCAGCCACUUCCCUCAAGCGUACUUCUGCCUGCCGCGCCUCCCCACAGGGAGAAUGCAGUGAGCCCCUCAAACGAGUCUGCACCCCAAUCUAACCACUCAGCUCUCCGGCCCGUCUCCAUACAACCCCAACGUCCACUCUCACAACCGCACAGCCCCUAGAACAAACCACAACACUCUGUAGAAAAUAGUGUGUUAUAAUCUUUUCAACUGUGUUUGAGUAGAAUCAAAUAAACUUCUGUACAAGCUU